CGAAUAGUCCAUCGCGUUCGGACAGUUCUGUAUUCACUCUCCUAUGACAGAUGAACCACCCAAAUUGAACUGUUGACGCGGAGGCAGGUGCUGGAGGAUGUGGGAUGAGUGCGCAGAGGCUGGUCUGCGGGCAGAGGGAAGAGCUGCUGCAGGCACUGUGCUGCGGUGGAGCCGCUGAGGGGCUGGAGAGCGUGCUGGACCUGCUGCUGGCCUGGGAUGUGCUGGUGUGGGAGGAAUACCUGGGCCUGCGCACACUCGGCCGACCAUUAUGCGCCUGCGUCAGGGAGCUGCUGGACUUGGCGUGCGUCAGGGGAGAGUCUGCGUGCGCUCUGCUGCUCGCUGCGAUCAGUCAGGUCCUCCCGGAGGCGCCAAAAGCAGGCCUCUCCUUUGGGGGUUAUGAGCAGGGACUCACCCCACCUCUGGUGGGUGCAGACCCCAAGUCUGCUGCCCAGGGCUUGAUGAGUGACAGGCCCAGCCUGGUGAGGAAGCUGAGGGGUGGCAUCGCCGCUGCGCUGAAGGCCCUGCUGGAGUCUGGCAGUUUCACAGCCUAUGACUGUGACGAGGUGCAGCUGUUGCUUUACACACCCUCACAGCAGGCUAGACGGCUGCUGGAUCUGGUGCAUUCCAAAGGGGAAGCUGCAGCCGAGGUUCUGUUACAGCACAUUCAGCAGAAAGAAGACUCCCCCACAUUACCUGACAAUGAGGAACAUCCUGCAGAGUGCCUGCUGUAUCAGAAGAAGCUCCGCAGCACAAUAUCUGCUCAGUCACACUUCCUCGGCACUUAUGGCGGCACGGGGACCCAGUCUUUGGAUGAAAUCUACACAGAGGCCCUUCUGGAGGUGGCCCAAGGCUCCGGCGAGGCCCAGCAGCCCCUCGGCCUGGAGGACAUUCUGGGGCAAGCGGGGACGCUGAACGAGGAGGCGGACACGGUGCUGGUGUCGGGCGAGGCCGGCAGCGGGAAGAGCACUCUGCUGCAGAGGCUGCACCUGCUGUGGGCCAGGGGGGCGGCGCUGCAGGACUUCCUCUUCCUCUUCCCGUUCAGCUGCCGCCGGCUGAGCACCGAGGAGCGGGAGCUCUCCCUCAGGGAGCUGCUCUUCCUGCACUGCUGCUGGCCCGACCGGGACCAGGACCUGCUCUUCCAGUUCAUCCUGGACCACCCGCACCGGGUCCUCUUCACCUUCGACGGCAUGGACGAGCUCAGGCUCUGCUUCUCGGACGAGCGGAGGCACUGCUGCCCCACCCAACCGGCUCUGGUUCCCACUCUGCUUUUCAACCUGCUGCAGGGGUCCCUCAUGAAGGGCGUGCGGAAGCUGGUGACCAGUCGGCCCGAGGCGGUGAGCCCCUCGCUGAAGAGGUACCUCCACAAAGAGGUCGCGCUGAAGGGCUUCUCAGCCGAUGGGAUUGACUGCUUUGUGAGGAAGCACCAUGGCGACCCCACCGUCGCUGCCUGCGUUCUGGAUUCCCUGCGUGCUAACACAGCGUUGUUUGGGCUCUGUCACAUCCCCGUCUUCUGCUGGAUCGUCUCUCAGUGCAGCAGGGAGCUGCUGGGCUGUGGCGACGGCAGACCACAGACCAUCACAGACAUCUACCUCAUGGUUCUGCAGCACUUCCUCCAGUGCCGUUCACCCCGUCGGCCAGCACCGAGCUUGUGCUGGGUGCAGGAUCAUGUGGGCACGUUGAUGCGUUUGGGCCAGCUUGCUCUGGACGGCUUGGAGUCCUCUUCCUAUGUGUUUUCCAGCAUUGAGUUGCAGAGGUGUGGUGUAACAGAGGAGGACAUCUGCACUGGGUUCUUAAUUCAGAGUCAUAACCUUUCCUCCCCAGAAAGAAAACAUUACGAGUUCUUGCAUGUCACUCUGCAGUGCUUUUUUGCCGCUGUCUUCAUAGUCUUGAGCAACACCAUUGACCAGUCAACCUUGGCAAAACUCUUUCGCCCUCAGCACAGACAAGACUCGAUUCUGACUAGAGUGUGUCUGGGGUCAUGCUUGUCUGCCAGCUCCAAGCAGGAGGGAGCACCUGAAGGGGGUGUAGAGGAAGCCGAAAGGCCCAACAUGAGGAUCACUGCCACUUUUGUGUCUGGGCUGUUGUCCCAGCGCCACCGCCAUUUGCUCCUGCAGGUCUGCCCCGCCCCCGCCAUGGACAGGAAGUGCCGGCAGGUGGUGAGGUGCCUGUCCAAGGGCAUGCAGAAGCACUUCAGGUCCAUCCCCCAGCCCGUGAAGGGCGAGAAGAAGAGCAUGCAUGCCAUGCCGGGCUUCAUCUGGCUCAUUAAGUGCAUCUAUGAGAUGCAGGAGAGCAGCAUUGCUAGGGACGCCGUAGCCAACCUGGAAGUGGAGCACCUGAAGCUGACCUACCUGAACAUCGGCCCGGUGGAGUGCACUGCCUUGGCCUACGUGCUCCAGCACCUGAGGAACCCCGUGGGGCUUCAGCUGGACUACAACUCAGUGGGUGAUGUUGGUGUGGAGCAGCUGCUGCCCUGCCUGGAAGUCUGUCACUCCAUAUAUCUCAGAAACAAUAACAUAACAGAUGAAGGCAUCUGUAAACUGAUUGAGAAGGGUGUCCAGUGUGAGAACUUUCAGAAGAUUGCACUCUUCAAUAACAAAUUAACUGAUGCCUGCACCAAGCACUUUGCUGAACUACUAAAAAAGAGGCCAGAUUUUCUCGCUUUAAGGCUGGGGAACAAUUAUAUCACAGCAGCAGGGGCGGAGCAUCUGGCUGAGGGGCUGAAGUCGUGCCAGUCGCUACAAUACCUGGGGCUGUGGGGGAACAAAGUAAGAGAUAGGGGGGCAGAGGCACUGGCCCUGGCUCUACAGAGCUGUUCCAGUCUGGUGUGGCUCAGCCUAGUCGACAAUGGGAUUGGCAGCACUGGAGCUCACGCCCUGGCAGAGCUCAUCAAGAACAGUAACACACUGGAGGAACUAUGGUUAACCAAGAACUGCAUUACCAGAGAAGGGGUGGAAUAUCUGCUGCAGGCACUGGAGAAAAACACCAGUGUGAAGUCAGUCUGGUUGAAAGGAAAUGACCUGAGCCCAGAGGAGGUAGAAGAAUUCACUCAGAGGGAGAAGCGGCUGAUCUUCUAAAGGUGGACGUGGGACUGAGGUCACACGAUUAUUCCGUUGGACUCAGCAGUGGUGGAGCUAUUAUAGAAUUAAUAGAUUGAAGCCCCUGCUUCCCUGUCCCAAGUCACUAUAAUUGGUCUGAGGUGGUGAGUCACUGAUAACUCCAUAGCUCCAUAGCU